AUGAAGAAGUUUGAAUAUAAACUAUGGUUACUCUUUGACGACCAAAAGUCCCUACCUAGAUCGAAAACUGCAACCAAUAAUACCCAAGAUGCCAAGAAACCAAAUAGAUUACCCCUCAGGAAGCUCUUCUACGAGGACCGUGAAAUCUUUUCGUGUUCUUCAUUGGAAGCUGAUGAUAUUGACAACCUAGAGCCUGAAACUUACUGUGUGUGGACGCCAAAGGAGGAGGGGUCUCCAGGGAGCUGCAAGAAGAGCAGCUCUACAAGGUCUAAUGGAAGUUCAAAGAUUUUAUUCACCGGAGUAAUAGUGAUGAACAAGAAAAGUGGCCUCCAUCAUCAGAGAUUAGGCAGCGAUGACCAAGAUGGGAACCAUAAUAAACAGGGCAUAGAGAAAAGGAAAGAAGCAGAAGGAGUUGGAAGAGGUUUGUUUCAAUUUCAAGAACAUUAUUACGUGAGGAGUAAAGAAGGUGAUAAACGCCACUCUUAUUUGCCUUACAGGCCUGAUUUGGUGGGGUUUCUAUCUAAUGUUAAUGGGGUGGAAAGGAAUCUUCAUCCAUUCUGAGAGGUAGCGAAUGAUUAAUAUAUUUUUAUUUUAUUUUUUUGUAAUUUUUUCUCGUAACAACCAAUUUUGUGUAUUAAUUUUAUUUUUGUUUUUGUAGUAGGGAUCAUUUAUAAUUUCCAGGAUGGAUUUCAAUUUUGUGUGUAGAUAAAAUAAUUAAGCUAUCGUGAUGGAUGAUAUUGUAUAUUUACAAUAGUUUUUUAAA